UGGCCAGAUUUUAUGCACCAUUCAUUAAGAAGGAUGAACCAGUAUUAUCCAAGUGUACCGGCCUUCCCAAGUUUAUUGUUACUUUAUCUCACCACUUGGAAAAGCAACCAACUGAACGACUGAACAGGGAGAUACGGCACCUGAAUAACUUUAUGCAUCAGCUGGACAACAUCCCGGAGUUUCAUCGCUUGAAGGACACAUUCGACUGGCUGGCCUCCAACUUUAAUGAUGGAUUCCCCGCAGCUAAUCAAGAAAUGCAUCUUCUACCUGUCAAUUUUUCCUCAGGGCAGCAGUAUUCGUCGGAAGCAUUUAGUGAGGCGGUGGAUCGCAGAGGGCUAUUCCAAGGGCACCAAUAGCAACAGCUUGGAGGAGGAAGCGGAGAAGCUCAUCGACAGGCUUAUCAACCUGUGGAUCAUGCUACCGGAGCAGACAAUUACUGUGUCUGGUGCCAUGAGAAUGACCUCCUGCCAGGUCAACUCGUUCUUCCUCGAAUAUAUCAUCUCGAGGUCAGGGCAAGAUGAAGAGAAAACCUUCCUCCCACUGGAAGUCACGGUACUGGAAGGGAGCCGCUUUACCACCGAACACAUCGGGCAGCACCUAGCCAUUGGCAGGAGCUGGGAUCGGGCCGAGUUUGUGUACAGCAGCCUGGACUUGUCCCAGUUGCGGUCACUGACGGUGUUUGGCAAAUGGAAGCCAUUCUUCAUCUCUGACAAGAUGAGGGUGCUCCGGGUGCUGGAUCUGCAGGAUGUGUCAGGCGUAACUUCAAGUGACCUCGGCAGGAUGUUUAGGCUUCAGACACUGGAUGUCAGAGGCACCUCCGUUAAGAAGCUGCCAGCAAGCAUCAUCAAGCUACGGAAGCUGCAAUACAUCCGUGCAGGUGCUAAAACACCAUGGCCGGUGAAACCACCACAACCAUCAUCAGCGGCACGUAGCUGGCAACAGGAUUUGAAGGAGGCCAAACGCUUCCUUUCCAAGCUCUGCCGCCUCGGACAUCACCUAGCGGUGCCUCGAGGGGUGGGGAGCCUGACGGCGCUGCACACCCUGGCCGUUGUCAAUGCCAGUGCGCCACGUGGUAAGGCCAUCCUCAAGGAGCUCCGGAAGCUUACCGAGUUGCACGAGCUCGGAGUGGCCGGCAUCAACCGGCACAACAUCAGGCACUUACACCUCUGGGAUCCCUCUCCCAUUUGGAAUCCUUAUCACUGCAUCUAG